ACAACAACAACAGCGGUAACAGGAAAACCAGCAACAGCAACAUAGCCAACCUGAGAGUGAGGUCUUCUCGGGGGUAGAUCCAGGUUUGGGAGGCAGAGAAACAACAGCCAAAGUCAGAUUCACAGCAACAAUAUGAAGAAUUUGAGUGCGAUUAAAGAGAAGGCGACGGGCGUUUUUAGCGGCCUGAAGCCGAAUAUGGAGAAAUUCGAAAUAUCCCAGAGCUAUCAUGGCGGUCACGGUGGCUACGAGGAAAUGGAAGGAGGCGAUCGAGAGGGUCGCGGACCAGGCGGUGGGCAUGCCUACGACGACGACGACGAUCGACCCGAUUCGCCAGCCUCCUUCGAAGAGAUCGAACGUCCACCAUUGCGAAAGAUCGACAAGUACUGCAAGGCUGAGUGUCCAUGUAUGCCGGCACGUUACACCAUUGCCACCAUGGCCUGUGUGGGAUUCAUGAUUGCCUUUGGCAUGAGAUGCAAUAUGUCGGCGGCAAAACUCAAAGGCGAACAUAAUGGGACUGUGUUUAUGAACUGGACGGUUGCCGUGGAAAGCCAUGUGGACUCAUCCUUCUUCUGGGGAUAUUUAAUAACACAAAUACCCGGCGGUUUUAUUGCAUCCAAAUUUCCAGCGAACAAAAUCUUUGGUCUAUCUAUCGUCUGUUCGGCCACUUUGCAUCUGUUUGUGCCCUUCGCUAUGACUUUGAUGCAUGGCCAUGUGGUGAUUUGUGUGCGCGUGCUGCAAGGACUCUUUGAGGGUGUAACCUAUCCGGCUUGUCAUGGCAUUUGGCGUUUCUGGGCACCACCCAUGGAGCGAUCCCGACUGGCUACUCUAGCCUUCUCAGGCUCAUAUGCCGGUGUGGUUGUUGGUUUACCUCUUUCUGGACUUUUAGCCGAUGCCGUCGGAUAUCAAGCUCCGUUUUAUGCUUAUGGUGUAUUUGGCAUCAUUUGGUAUAUGUUUUGGAUCUGGCUAUGCUUUGAGAAUCCUCGAAAACAUCCUGCCAUCAGUAUACCCGAACUGAAGUACAUUGAGAAAUCAUUGGGAGAGUCGGCUCAUCCCUCGAUGCCAUCGCUGAAGACCACACCGUGGCGUGAGAUGAUGCGCUCGAUGCCUGUGUAUGCCAUCAUAGUGGCGAAUUUCUGUCGUUCCUGGAAUUUUUAUCUACUCGUUUUGUUUCAAUCGUCGUUCCUCAAACACAAGUUUGGCUUCAAGGUGGAGGAGGCGGGUUUUGUGGGCUCACUGCCCCAUUUGAUUAUGACCACUAUUGUGCCCUUUGGCGGCAUGCUGGCGGAUCAUCUGCGUAAGAAUGGCAUCUUAUCGACGACGAAUGUGAGGAAGUUGUUCAAUUGCGGUGGCUUUGGCAUGGAGGGACUCUUCUUCCUGUUUGUGGCACAUUCAUCCACGUCGACAGGAGCCAUGUUCGCUUUGACUUGUGGCGUGGCGUUUAGUGGUUUUGCCAUUUCCGGCUAUAAUGUAAACCAUUUGGAUAUAGCUCCACGCUAUGCGAGUAUAUUGAUGGGUUUAUCCAAUGGCAUUGGCACACUUGCUGGCAUAAUAGUGCCCUAUGCUCUAGAUGGACUUAUUCAGGCAGAUCCCCACGGAUGUUGGACAACAGUAUUCACUUUGGCCGCUUGUGUUCAUCUAAUUGGUUGUACUUUCUAUGGUAUUUUUGCAUCGGGUGAACUGCAACCUUGGGCCGAACCACCACCUGAAGAGCAACAGGUCUGGGCACCACCAGCAGGGGCUAUAACCAACACAGAUCCCAGUCAGGCUGGCAUGAUGGGCAACUACAUGAAGGAAACGUCGUUUGGUGCACCCGAGUACAAUGAACAGAGCCAAAUGCAGCAAUCAAAUGCCAUUAGUUACGGCGCCACCGGACACGUGGCGAACAAUCCAUUUGCGGCUGGUGGUGCCAUUGCCGAGGAGCCCGCCCAGCCGCCAGCCUAUCAGGAUAAUUCCUAUAACUAUGACUACACGCAAGGACAACAGCAGUCAACAGAGCAAAUGCCGCCCUAUCAGCAACAGUAAAAUCGGUAAUGGAAUCACUUAAGUCACUGAUAUAUAUCAUAGCUUUUAGUUGACUAGUUGAAAAUUGUUUUAAUCGUUUAACGUUCGUUUACACUUACAUUUAUUGUUUGUUCUAUUGAUGUGUUGUUAAAGUUUAUAUAAAUCUAAUGAUAUGUGUACAUAAUAUGGGCAACUAACUAAACUAAACUAAACAAAGUAACUAACUAAGGAUUGAAACGAAUUUCGAUGAAAGCAAAAUAACAAACAAACAAAAAAAUAUAAAUCAUAUUCAUAUUAAUUCCACACGAACACAAUGAAACUAUGUACCUAACAGUGAAACUACAUAUAACACACAUACAAAUUACACACAUACACUUGUACACCCUCACACACACACACAGCGAAACAUAUAAAUCUAUAGCAUAAUUCUAGGCAUGGCUUCUGCAAAUUUCUAUUUACAAGCUCCCGUUCCUACAGCCUCCAAUAGAAUAAAAAAUAACUACAAAUAUCAUUGAAGCAAACAUAAUCCAGACUCAGAAUCAUAUAAAUAAUAAACAUAUAAAAAUAAUAAAAC